GCUACGACAGUGUACGCAUCAAGCUAAGCCGGCUUAAAGUUACGUGAUUAAUAUCGUGCUGUGUUGAUACGUUAUCGUGAAUUAAUUGCAGUUCAGUGCGAAUAAAUAUUUCGUCCAUAUUUGAUUUUGAGAGAAUCGAAGAUGGUGAAAGGAGCAUCAGUGGGUAUUGAUCUGGGCACGACCUACUCGUGCGUGGGUGUGUUCCAGCAUGGCAAGGUCGAGAUCAUCGCCAAUGACCAAGGCAACAGGACAACUCCUUCGUACGUCGCCUUCACAGACACCGAGCGUCUGAUUGGUGAUGCUGCCAAGAACCAAGUGGCCCUCAAUCCUGUCAACACGAUUUUUGACGCCAAACGACUGAUUGGGAGAAGGUUUGAUGACCCAACCGUUGCCGGUGACAUGAAGCACUGGCCCUUCAAAGUGGUCAAUGACAGCGGCAAACCAAAAUUGCAGGUCGAAUUCAAAGGAGAGAUGAAAACAUUUUCUCCCGAAGAAAUUUCUUCAAUGGUGUUAACCAAGAUGAAAGAAAUCGCAGAAGCCUACCUGGGAGGGGCUGUAAAAGACGCAGUAAUUACCGUACCUGCUUACUUCAACGACUCUCAACGCCAAGCAACCAAGGAUGCUGGCGCCAUUGCUGGCCUCAACGUCCUCAGGAUUAUCAACGAGCCAACAGCUGCAGCCAUCGCCUACGGCCUCGACAAGAAGGGAACUGGCGCCGGUGAGCGCAACAUCCUCAUCUUCGAUUUGGGCGGUGGAACCUUCGACGUUUCUAUCCUGUCCAUCGACGACGGCAUUUUUGAAGUGAAGGCCACUGCUGGAGAUACUCAUCUCGGAGGAGAAGAUUUUGACAAUCGUCUUGUCAAUCACUUCGUUGAAGAAUUUAAGAGGAAAUAUAAGAAAGAUAUCAAAGAUAAUAAGCGAACUUUGCGACGACUGAGAACUGCGUGUGAACGAGCCAAGAGGACCCUAUCCUCAUCUGCACAAGCUAGCAUUGAGAUUGAUUCGCUUUACGAGGGCAUCGACUUCUACACAUCCAUCACUCGCGCCCGAUUUGAAGAAAUGUGCUCUGACCUCUUCAGAGGAACCCUGGAUCCUGUGGAGAAGUCCCUUCGAGAUGCGAAAAUGGAUAAAGGACAUAUCCACGAGAUUGUAUUGGUUGGAGGUUCAACUCGCAUUCCUAAAAUUCAAAAACUGCUGCAAGACUUCUUCAACGGCAAGGAAUUGAACAAAUCAAUCAACCCUGACGAAGCUGUUGCCUAUGGUGCUGCAGUUCAGGCUGCCAUUCUAACUGGCGACAAAUCUGAAGCCGUUCAAGAUCUACUCCUCCUUGAUGUAGCUCCCUUAUCCAUGGGCAUUGAGACCGCUGGUGGAGUUAUGACUGCUCUCAUAAAGAGAAACACUACAAUCCCCACCAAACACUCCCAAAUUUUCAGCACUUAUUCGGACAACCAACCGGGUGUGCUCAUCCAGGUUUACGAGGGCGAGCGCGCCAUGACAAAAGACAACAACCUUCUCGGUGAAUUUGAACUCUCUGGCAUCCCUCCUGCCCCUCGGGGCGUGCCUCAGAUCGAGGUCACCUUUGAUAUCGACGCCAAUGGCAUCUUGAACGUUUCUGCUGUCGACAAGUCCACCGGCAAAGAGAACAAGAUUACGAUCACCAACGACAAAGGUCGCCUCAGCAAGGAGGAAAUAGAGAAGAUGGUGCAGGAUGCUGAAAAAUAUAAGGCAGAGGAUGAUAAACAAAAAGAAAAGGUUGCUGCCAAGAACGGUCUUGAGUCAUACUGCUUCAACAUGAAAUCAACCCUGGAAGAUGAUAAACUCAAAGACAAGGUGCCAGAAGAGGAGCGCAAAAAGGCUCUAGAUGCUUGCAGUGAAGCCAUCAAGUGGCUUGAUGCUAAUCAGCUCGCAGAGAAGGAAGAGUUUGAGUUCAAACAGAAGGAACUUGAGAAGAUAUGUUCUCCUGUGAUAACUAAGCUCUACGGAGGUGCAGGUGGAGUGCCCGGUGGCAUGCCGGGUGGUAUGCCAGGUGGUAUGCCAGGAGCGGCAUCUGGUGCUGGUGGACCAACUAUUGAGGAAGUAGAUUAAAUUGAAGAUUUAAGCAGGUCCAUGCUCUUAUUGAAGAAUUUUUGUCUUAAAAGUGGGUGCCAGCGCCGUGAAAAAAAAAACAUUCCGUUAUAUCUGACACAAGGAAGUUAGUGUUCUAGUUCUUGUUUGAGGAAUUCUCGGCGUCUGUUUUGACUGUCGUCUAUUCCGAUUAAUUUUGCGUUUCAGCAUGUUGAUUAGUAAGAUAGAAGUAUUUCUAUUUGCCGUUCAUCGUUUAUGAUUACAAGUUCCAUUAGACUAGACCUAUUUAGGCGAAAUGUUAUGAAUUUACUCAUAUAAAUCUGGUAUUGGAUUAUUUUUGAGGGCAUUCAGUUUGAUUACCUAAUUAUAAGGCGGAAUUUUCCUUCUUAUGUGAUUGCCAAGUUAAUAAAUUGUAACUUUA